AGCGACGAGCCGAUGCCCUCACUCAACGGGGCACCGAAGGUGCGCACAGCACAAGAGAUACACAGAGAGAGAGAGAGAGAGUGAGUGGUGUCAGGGAGGGAGGCGGACACGCCUCGCUUGUCUGUGGACGUGUCCAUGCAGGAAGCGAGCAGUGGGCUAAAGAGCGCGUCAACAUGAUAGGGCAGGCACUCACUGGCAGUCCGCCUCCGAGAUCGGGGUAGGGUUCCCGUUCCCCAAGGCACCUCCCAAGCGAAGUGAGCAAGAUAAUCGAGCUCACUCACGAAAGGCCAUGCACGCCGGCAUGUGUUUGCUUUUGUCAGGGGAUACCUUCAAGCGCACGCGUCUGGACACGUCGCGCAACGGAGGCGACCGCAACGGUACAACAGACACAUCGGCCCGCCAAUCGCCGCCCAUGAGUGCAUACCUGUGUGUCAUUCAGGCCACUUCGGGUCGAGCGCGCGGCGGGCGCGGCGGGGGAGGCUAUGGGGGCCCGUACGGCCCUCCGAUGAUGGGCGGCUACCAGCCCUCCGGCAUGCAGUGGAGCUAGAUACCCCGCACAGACCGGUAGCUCUGAGUAGAUAGGCGGGUGGGGGGUAGCUCCACCGAUUGAUUGCAUGCAGACGGAGCUGAGGCUCCUGCCAUGCAUAAUGACUGGCAGAUAGACACCAGGAAGGUGACGUACUAGGCAGGUGUGUCACUCGCAAUGGUCAGAGAGAGACCCACUGCUGCGUGUGACAAGCACGUG